UAAAGCCAGUUUAUGGACACCAUGCAGACAAGCAGAGCUUUUGGUUAAAGAGGCAAUAGAUUUAUGUCUGAGCUUCCCCAAAGCUCAAAGAAAAUGAAGAUGAUCAUUUGUUCAAACGUUUCCCACUGUGUGUUUACAAACUGACUCAUACCGUCAGCAUUAUCUGCUCUCUCACAUCAGAAAGAGGAAAAGCUGGAUCCCCCCUCGUAUUCCCCAGGGGUCUCUCUCUCUAACCCCGACCCCAUGUUUUAGUCCCGCCCUCAAUCCAAGCAACUAUCUGCAUGUAAAAAGCCACAAGUCACGGAAACCCUUAAUUGUGCCAAAAUAAGGCUGAGCGCACUUAUUCAAGCUGGAAAUAAAGGAUGCUUCUGAAGAAAGACGGUCGGCCAAGGAAAUGGGAUUUACUUUGGAAAAUGUACAUUAUUCAAACGUUGCUCUAGUGUGUGUUGGGCUGAAACACUUGGGAGUUUUCUGCUCAAACUUUGAGCUCUUUCUAAAUGCAUGGAUGGACACUAAGGGAAGCAAACAUGCGCAAAGUUCUGGGGAUAUAACUCUGUUUUCGUAAACAAUCUCCUCUGUUGUUCCUGAAUUUUUGUCCUCCUCUUCGGAAAACACUGCCAAGCAACUUUUGUGGUUAAAUGGGGGCAUUGUAAGUUGUUUUCAGGGGGGUAAAGGCAACCACGGAAAAACGAAGGAGAAGAAAAGUGCGGACUAUUUAUCAAUGAACUGAGAGAAUAGCAAGAAAGACAAGUGGGAGGACAGGCAUCGUAAUGGCUGAAAGGGAGACUGAAAGAAAGGCGCCUGCUCACAGAAGCGUCUCUUUCAAAAAGUUGGAGAGCAGGAGCGCAAAGCGCAGAUCAUUUGGAGAGGAUUUGGAUAGGUGCGGUGCCCUUCCCCCAGACGCCGUAGAGCACAGCGCGCAGCCAUCACAAGCGACGCACGCUGUUACUGUAUCCAGAAAAGUUUCCAAAAUCUCAGCGGCCAGCCUCUCGACCGCAGACCUCAAGAAAGCCUCACAUGGAAUAUCUCCAUCGGUUCGUCGGCUCUCUGAGAAGUUCACUUCGAGCACAGGCGGGACACAGAGCUCUUUAGUCAACACGGGAAGCGUUAAAAACACAAAAAGUGUCGAAGAUUCGUCUUUGAGCGAGAGUGGCUGCUUAUCCAAGGAGUUUUCUGAGUCUGCGACGGAGAAACAACUUAAGGACGGUAACCGAUAUUGCUCGGCUCGAGAGUCUGUGUCAGGGUCGGAUUCGGACAGAGGAGAUAAACACAGGCUCCGGAAAACUGUGGGUGGCCCAAACACAGGGAGCCCAACAUGCAAAUCUCGUCGCCAUCACCCUUCCUAUGGAGAGACAUCUAUUCAUAUUGAUGCAAACUGGCCAAGCGUUUCUAAGAUUAGAGAACUAUUUGGGGAUGGACGCAGAAAGCAACAUCGGUCAACUUCAGAUGCUGAUGACUUGAAAACUGCCUGUCAACACCUCCAGCAUUUCGACGCUAAAGAGGGAGCCUGGCAAGACACAAACUGCUCUCAUCAUGACAACAGUGCAUUGUGUGCGGACUGUUCAAUCCCUAACUUCCAUACUUUAGCUGCUAAAAGCCAUUCUUUUGAGUUUUUGAAUUGUGAUUCUCCUCCUGCUCCCCCACCACGCAGUAGAACGACCGCUUUGCCCCUCGGGUCUCACCGUUGGCAGCUGCUGGAGCAGAGACAGAGGGCAGAGCAGCCACAGCCACCGGAUAGCUCGCAUUCCUCACAUAACUCCUCCCAACCACAGACAGGGCCCUCCGUGGAACUAGCCGGUGCUGGGGAAAGACUGAGCUCUGGAGAAGAGGACGAGAAGUUCAGAGAACGGACAGGCGAUAACUUCCCACAAAACAAGCAUGGCAUCAGGGCUAAGUUGAGAGGAAGGUCUUCAGGCAGUGAGGAGGACAGCCCUGCAGCGUUAGCUCACCACAACAGGGACGUAAGACGUCGCUCGCUAAGGAAAAAGAAGAAAAGCAAUUGCAGCAGAGGCAAUGAAGAGUCAGAUGACAGUGACAACCAACCUGUAAUGAUGGAGCCAUGUGAUUCUCAAACGGUGGGCCGCAGGAUUGAGGGAUUCCGUUCUAGGGGUUGUUAUACAGGCAUGCCAUGGGCACGAGACAGCACAUCUCAACGAUCCCAUGUGACUAAGGACAGCUUUAGGCACCUGUAUAGAAAUUUCGAAGGGUCAGUCGGAACUAGCCCUGUUCCUCAGGUGUCGCGUGUUUCAAAAGUCACCAUACCCUCAUUUACAUCCAGUCCAUUGGGGUCAAGAAGUAGUAGCAGGUAUUCUAGCACGGAGACGUUAAAAGAAGAGGAUCAGCCAGCCAACAUCCACAGUUAUGGCAGGGCUUCAUCAGCUGUCCUGAGUAAAACAUACCAUGGCAAUGCCACCAUGUACCGCUCGCCUAGUUUUGGACAUGGAGAUAACUUUUCUCGCACCCCAGUUCGAGUUCAUCCUAAGCUUAUGCCCAGCGUAAGCCCAGCAGAAUAUAAAACACACAGUUCAGAAAACAGGGUAUUCUGCCACUCCUUAAAUAAUGAGAAAGACAGGAACAGGAUCUCUAUGUCCAACCCUGACAUUGCCUCAGAAACUCUGUCGCUUCUUAGCUACCUUAAGACCGAUCUUUCCGAGUUGAGAAUGAAGAAAAAGGGACAAGAUGAUGAGGUCAAUCUUAACUCUGAUCAAGGCACAUCUGUGUACAGAAUGGGCUCCAGGACAAAUCGUCCGCACCAUGGACGUCCUUCCCUGAAGGAUCUCACUGCUACUUUAAGGAGAGCAAAGUCUUUCUCAUACUCUGAGAAGCCAGCAGGGCAGCAAUAUUACGGUAGCGGGCCAGGUUUAAGGAGUUCCUCCGAGCAACGGCUAGACUCUGAAGAUAGUGGCGAGCAGGUGUUGAUUGCUGACAGGGAGGUUGAGAGCGACGACUGUAGAAGUACCUACGGUUACGACGAGUCAAUGCCGACCCCUCUGCAAGACCGCUACGUGCAGGAAGCCAGACAGGUGAUAAGAGACAUUUGUCAGAUGAGUGAAAGUAAGGAUGACGAUGAUGAUUAUGAGGAAGACCGUUUCAAGACAAAAAACAGUGAUGCUAAAAUAGACACUGAAAAAGAAGAUAAGGCAAAGCAGGAGAUGACGAGACUUGAACACUCUGAUUUUACUGGGUGUAAGGAAGGGGAGGCUGAUGGAAAAAGUGGAAAAUGUUUACAGAAGGGAAAUUUGGAGGAGAGCAUGUUCUGUGAUAAGUCAUUGGAUGAACUCUCUGGCCAUGAAUCUAGCCUGACAGAUGAAGGAAUUGUCACAGAGCCAGAGAUUGGCUCAUAUGGGGGGCUAUCCUGCGGUAAAGACUUGCUGGGUCAGACUCUCACCGUUUGGAAUCAGUCAGGGUUGUGCGAAGAGCAGUUGCCUGAUAUAACACCAGAGGAAUCUCUUUCAUCUCAAGUUCCGUCUGUUAAGACGGCGUAUGAGGGAGUAGCCAUAGGAGGAGACAUUAGCUGCAGUAAAAAUGUAAACCAGGGGGCCUUGGAGGCUCCGUCUACUCCUAGUGCUAUUCGCAGGCGAAGGAAAUUCUCCUCAGCUGGAAACAACGGCUCAGACUCCAGCAAUGGCAGUAAUGGAGAGUCUAAUGGUGAGUCUGCGUACCGUUCCUUGAGUGAUCCUAUGCCUCAUAGACGUCGGUCAGAUGCAGAGGAUGGCGGAAAGAGCUUCUCCAUGGACAGCAACCUGCUCGGUUCACUCUCUCUAAGUUCCAAGGUGGGUGUUGGUGUGGAGUCUUCUGCAGCAGACCUUUCUGAAUAUACAGGCAGUGCUGCCAGUGACCUUUCCGUGUGUAGCGACAGCCUGAGAGAUUACAGUACUGUGAUUCAGAGCAUUGUUUGUGAACCUGGUGCAAUGGACAAUCUUAUUGAUGAGAAGGCGAAUGGCAAGGCUGUGAAGAAAAAGAGCUUUAGCGACCCUAGCAGACGUGGAGAACUGGCAGAUACUGUCCUAGAAUUUCAAAAGCAUCCCAGCGAGCCAAUUAGUGAACUAGAACAAUCCAUACCACCUUCCAGCAGUGAGCCCAUCUUAUCCGAGCAAAGAGACGAGCUUUGGGCGCUCAAUAGCGAACAACGACAACUUUAUUGUCCAACCAGAAGGUCUCGUUCUCAAUCUGAGCAUUUGCCCUCCCACCUUGGUCAUAACGGAGAAACAAAAGCCCCAGGUGAGCCCACAUUUCCUUUUGACCCUAAGCUAGCUCAGGUUUUGUCUCCUCGCACCAGUCGCAGAAGCCCCAAGAAACGCACAAACCGCUUUACCCAUCAGUUGUCUUGUGAUGAUGGGGAUCACUUGGAUGAACAAGGCGAAGAGCAGUCCUCCGCAUCCAUACUCCCCCAGCUUCCAGCAUCAAAGGUCAGACCCAAACACGUGCGUCAUGCCAGUGAACCUGCCACAUUUGUGCCCAUAAUUCCUUCACAUGCCCACAUCUCCCAGGACCUCCAGAGGUCUAGCCAUGUCGGAGAGUCUUCAACACCCAACAAAACAGUCCCGGGGGAAGAAACUCCAUCAUUAGAGGAUGUCACUGAGCAAUACAUCUUGGCCUUGAACUCUCCAGAGUCCCCGGCGGAGACCCCUGCAGCUACUGGUGUGGUUAUUCUGGAAGGCACCACUUCCACACCUUCAGUUCCUACCACCACUGCUGAGCCAAAACUAGAGAGGAAGUCCAGCGAGGAACUUUCCACUGCCUCUCUGAAGGCCAAACCAAGAGUGGAUAUGAGAAGACAUGUGAUCAUGACUCUGCUGGACACUGAACAAUCUUACGUUGAGUCUCUGCGCACACUCAUUCAGGGCUACAUGAAGCCCCUCAAGCACCCGGAAAACUCGCCUCUCUGUGACCCGUCUCUGGUGGACGAGAUGUUCUACCAGAUCCCUGAGAUUCUGGAGCAUCACGAGCAGUUCCUGGAGCAGGUGCUAGACUGUGUCAACCAGUGGCACGACAGACAGACUAUCGGCCAUGUGCUCAUCCAAUCGUUUUCCAAAGAGAUCCUCGCCAAUAUUUAUUCAGCGUACAUCGACAACUUCAUGAAUGCCAAAGACGCAGUGAGAAUCGCCAAGGAGGCCAAGCCUGCUUUCCUGAAGUUUCUAGAGCAAAGCAUGCGUGAGAAUAAAGAGAAACAAGCUCUGGGUGAUCUGAUGAUAAAGCCGGUGCAGCGGAUCCCACGAUACGAGCUGCUAGUUAAGGAUCUUCUGAAGCACACUCCUGAAGAUCACCCUGACUACCUGUUUCUGCUGGACGCCCAGAAGAACAUCAAGCGAUUGGCUGAGAGGAUCAACAAGGGCCGCCGCACCGCAGAGGAGCUGGAGAAAGAGACGCGUGUUAUGCAGGAGAUCGAGGCGCACAUCGAGGGCGUGGAGCAUAUCCUAAAUCCGCAGAGAAAGUUCCUGAGACAAGAGAUGGUGGUGGAAUCGAAAACGGUGGGCGGUAAGAAGGACCGGUCUCUGUUUCUAUUCAGCGAUUUGCUCAUCUGCACCACGCUAAAGAGGAAGUCUGGAUCUCUGCGCAGGAGCUCCAUGAGUCUAUACUCCACUGCUAGUGUCAUUGACACCUCGAGUAAAUAUAAGUUCCUGUGGAAACUGCCCUUAGAAGACAUCGAGGUGGUUAAAGGUUCUAAUCAAGCCACUAACAGAGAAAACAUCCAGAAAACCAUCAGCCGUCUGGAUGAAGAUCUCAGCACGCUUGGCCAAAUAAGCAAACUGUCAGAAACACUCAGUUUCCCCCAUCAGAGUUUGGACGAUGUGAUAAAGGAUCUGAUGGCGUCAGUGCACCGGGAGCUGGCCGAUAAGCAGUCUCUGGCCUUCAGCAUGACGUUACUGCCCACUAAACUAGAGCUGACCAGCACUUCAGCCGAGACCACCUUCAUCUUUGAGUUCAGCAGCCCUGAUACCCGCAGUAACUUCGAGCAGGCCUUUGAGGAUGCCAAGAAGAAGCUCGCCAUGAACAAAGACCAGUGGGACCCUGAGUUCCUGAAGGCCAUUCCCAUCAUGAAGACCCGCAGCGGGAUGCAGUUCUCCUGCGCCUCCCCCAGUCACAGCUGUCCAGAGAACACGUAUGAGGUGUGGGUGUGUAACAGCGACGGGUACGUGGGUCAGGUGUGUCUGCUGAACAUCCGGGACGAGCCCACGGUGGAGGCCUGCAUCGCCGUCUGCUCCGCUCGCAUCAUCUGCAUCGCAGCCGUGCCGGGCCUGAAGAACAGAGAGCGUGUGGGUCAUUCGACCCCCUCCAUCCCGUCUGAGUCAAACUCUACAGCAUCUGCACAACCCCAGCUCCACAUCUGCAUCUCGGGCUCGUCUCUGGAGCUCAGCGAGCCGCCCGCGGUCCCUGCCACAGAGCUCGUGCCCUUCGAUAGCGACGACACCGAUGAUGAAGACUCUCCCAGCCCUUCAUCCACACUGCAGAGCCAAGCGUCCCAUUCCACCAUCUCAUCCAGCUUCGGCAAUGAUGAAGCAGCCGUUUCAAAGGACAUGGCCACCGAGACCACCAGCUCCGAGGAGGAACAGGAAUUUCCUGUCCCGAGCACAUUCGGGGCCCCUCGGCUCAAUGCGGACAGUCCCAUGGACGGCCGAGCCAUGCGGCGGUCCAGUCGAGGCUCCUUCACCCGUGCCAGUCUGGAGGACCUGCUGAGCAUCGACCCCGAGGCGUAUCAGAGCUCCGUCUGGCUCGGGACCGAGGACGGCUGUAUUCAUGUGUACCAGUCGUCAGACAACAUCAGAAACAGGAAGAACAGCAUGAAGAUGCAGCACUCUGCUUCUAUCCUGUGUAUCCUGUAUCUUGACAACAAAGUGUUUGUGUCCCUGGCGAACGGGGAGGUGAUUGUUUAUCAGAGGGAAGCAGGAAGUUUCUGGGAUCCUCAGAGCUCUCAAACGCUGUGUCUGGGCUCUCCGAGUGGACCCGUGACCAAAAUGGUUCCUGUGGCGGGAAAACUGUGGUGUGGCUGUCAGAACAGAGUCCUUAUCGUCAACACCAGCACUUUAGCACAAGAGCACUCAUUCCAGGUGGGUCAGGACAGCGGGCGCUGCGUGACCAGUAUCGUGAGUUAUGGUAAAGGCGUGUGGAUCGCUCUACAGGGCAGCGCUCAGGUGCGGCUCUAUCACGCCUCCACCUACGAGAGCCUGACGGAGGUCGACGUGGCUCCAGCCGUGCACAAGAUGCUUGCAGGCUCUGAUGCCAUUAUCCGGCAGCACAAAGCAGCGUGUUUGCGGAUCACAGCUCUUCUGGCGUGUAAGGACCUGCUGUGGAUCGGCACCAGUGCAGGGGUGGUCCUGACUCUGGCCAUCCCGCCCGUGUCCUCCAGCACUGGGCAGGGCUCUCUGCGCGCUCCCCUCCUCCCCAUGGGCUCCGCCCACGGACACACCGGACACGUCCGCUUCCUCACGUGCAUUGAGCUGCCAGAGGGCUUUGACGUCAACUUUCCACCGCCGUCUGAAUCAGUGAACUCAGCACAGAACAGCUCUGAGAGCAGCAGCGGAGGCCUGCAGAGACGAGACUCCUCCCGACGGCGCGCCUCCAUCCUCCUGCCCACCAAAUCCAACCUGCUGGUCAUCAGCGGCGGCGACGGCUAUGAAGACUUUAGACUGACCAAUAGCAGCGAGACGGUGGGGCGGGACGACAGCACCAACCACUUACUGCUGUGGCGCGUGUAGCGGAAACCCCGCCCCUUCGACACACAAGCCGCUGGACCAGCCCACGCACUUCCCCCCGAAACCCCGCCCCUUCCUGUUCUCUGAUGCAUUGUGCAUGAGCGUGUAAGACAUCAACCUAUGGAGUGUUCGUUUUUUCGUUACGUUGUGUUAUGGGUCAUUUCGUUUCUCGGUGUAAAAUAUCUCGAUCUCGCUUGCCAUGUGGUGUUUCCUGUGGCUGCUUUUGAAUAUUGUGUUGAAACUUUUUUUUUUAAAAGCGGACGAAAUUAUCAUUACCUUGAAGAAGAAAAGAGAGAAAGCGGGAAAAGGUGAAGUAAAAAAGAAAGGAAGCAAGAAUUGUUGGAUAGAGAGAGGGUUUGAAUGCAUCGCACGAGGCAGGGAGGAUUGUGGGUAAUGUAGAUGGACGUACAAAGUGGAAAGAUGAGUUUUUCAUCCUUCACUUCGUCAGUCCGCACACUUUAAUGGUCAACUACUGGUCUUGACAGAAUGUGAUUUGAUUGGAGAAUGAAGAUGUUUUGGUAAAGCUCUCGUUUGUGUUGUUCGGGGCGAGAUGAGAGUUAAUCUUACGUAACCAAUGUGCAAUAUAAGGCUAGAGUACCUACAAACCGUUAUAUGACACACACACUUUACUACUUCAAUAAUCAACAAACUCACAGUCAGAGUUAUUACACAUUAUCACUUUAUUCUUUUGGUUAUCGAAACAUUUUUAUGUAUGAAAAAAAUAAGACUUCACUAUGUUAUGUAAAAGAACAGCAAUGACAUUCCAUAUAUAGGUAUUGUGACCUUUUGUACAGUAUUUAUGUUUUUUCAUUUUUAGUUAAGUCUUUUUUAUAGCACUUAAUUUAUAAAUAAAGUAGUCUGGCGUUUUUCUCUACUGAAAGAUUUUGAUGCUCAACUCAAGUUGGGUCAGCGAGGGCACAUUUGUACGAUUUUAAAAAAAAAAUUUCUGGUGAAUCUCACAAAAAAAAAACAUCCAGGUCAUAUUUCACCCCAAAAUAAUAAGAAGCAUAAAAAAAUAAGAAGAAGAUUUUGCAAUUUCACUUUAAUUUCUUAAAAUUGUGAUGCAAAAACAAUCUCAUUCACAUUACUGUAAUACAUUUUUAUUCUUCCAAUUUUUUGAUUUUUGAUUAAAUUUAAUCCAACAAAUACUAUGGUGUAGAAGCUUAAUUCACCAUUGAAUUAAAAAACAAACGACAAUUGCAAAUGAUCUCACAAUUGUGGCAUUUUUUCUCAGAAGUCCAAAUCUUAGGAAAACAAUUCGGCCCCUUAAUUUUCUUGCAAUUUCGAGUUUCUCACAAUUCUGACUUUUAACUCCAUAAUGUAAGUUUAUUUCAUGCAAUUCUGAGAAAAAAUUCAGAAUUGCAAGAUGUAAACUCGAAGUCAGAAUUGUGAGAUAAUCACCUUUUAGUUUUUUUUUAAUCCCGUGGUGGAAAUGGGCUUCCAUACUAUGGUUUGUACUUUACAGAUGUACUGUAAUUUGUUCACAUUACAGUUCUAUUUUUUUUAUUUUUUUUGCAUUACAGUAAUUGGAAUUUAGGGGAAAUGUAAUUAAUUGACAUUAAAAUAAUGUAAAACAAUUUUUUUUUUUCUAAAUACAAAAAAAUCUAAUAAUAAAAAGUAAAAAAUAGAAUUUAUUUUAUGUAAAUUUCUUUUAAUUUUGGGAUGAAAUAUAACUAGACGGGAUUGGUGAGAUUCACCGAUGAACAGCUGUAUAAUUUCAGUGGUCGUUUUCAUCACCAUGAUAAUUCAGGAAAGGGAAUUGUGUUGUUUCUUAAACGAUGUUGCUGAAGACUGCAUCGAUUUGACAUGCAGAGUUUGCAGUAGAGAGAUGAACUCUGUGUUUGUUUGUGAGUGUGUCUGUGUGUAGAUUAUGACACGUAGAAUGAAGUCAGACGGGUUACAGCCCUUCGGCUGCUUGUGGCUGCUUAUGACAGACAAUUAACCGCUAAAAGCGCUCUGCCUGCGCCGCCCGCCUCAGGUGGGUGCACUUCCUGUUAAAUGAGCAAUUUCAGCUGCCUUAGUUUGUCUGAAAAGAACCGCGUCACACCCAAAUUCUCGCUCACCUCAAGGAUGUGCAGUCAGACAUUUCCCAGACCGCAUCAUGCAUGGAAACUCAUGGGAAUAUUUCACAAAAUUGUUUUAUCGAUCGAUCUGUUGAGUAGUUGUGAACACUAGUGCCAAGAACUCGCAGGUAAACAUCAAAGUGUUGCAGAAGAUAUCUUCUUGCUACAAAUGGGAUCCUCAGAGAACCAUAUUUUCAUAAAUGGAGUCUGCAUUUUUUGCUUUUUAAUCAAAUAUCUAAAUCAGUCAGUGAUGAUAGUCCUCAGUCGAGUCUUACUGUUGUAAGUGACCCUCUCAGCCCUUUCUAGUGAAAGACGUCAUCAAUGUUUAUUGUAAAUAUUGGUAUAUAUUGCCUUUCUCUGUACAUAGUGCUCUCACAGUCCACGAUUGUUCAUAUGAAUCUAAUGGCAUAUUUUUAUAAGUAUUUUUGUCUUUUUUUUUUUUUUUUUUCCUCAUUUGGCAUGUGCCGUCUCAUUUAAAUUAAAACUACUCCAGUAUUUUAAAAGAAGAGAAGCCGCUCCGCGUCUGCGGUUCCUGUAACAGUCAUCAUGCUUAUUUCACACCGUUGUCCUAUUUUGUCACUGUGGGUUUCUUUGUAAUUAAACAUUCACUGAU